UUCUUUCUUUUCUUUUUAGAAGAAGAAUUUAGUGAUGGCCGGAGCCGAGCGGAGGACGACAACCUUCACUUGGGUCGGACUGGCUCUCAUGGGCGUCCAAUUCGGAGCUCUGGCCCGUCUCACAUGGUGGGAAUACAGCUGGGACAUUAUGGAGCCCAUCACGUACUUUGUCACCUACGGAACGUCCAUGGCUUGCUUCGCCUAUUACGUCCUCACUAAGCAGGAAUACAUUCUGCCCGAAGUUCGUGACCACGAGUACUUGCUGCAGUUCCAUAAGAGAGCCAAGAAGGUGGGCAUGAACGUGGCCGAGUACAAUCGACUCCAGGAGAGCCUCGCCCAGGUUGAAAACGAUUUGAAGCGGCUGCGGGAUCCCCUGCGCGUUCACCAUCCGCCGGCCGGCGCCAAACUCUUCGAUCCAUCGGCGGCCGCCAUGGGCUCCUCUUCCGACCUCGUGUCGACGAGCCUCUGGAAUCGAACUCAACUCCGUCUACAAAAUCUUCUACGGACUUCCAAACAACCUUAACAUUUUCAACCAGAACAAAAACGAACAAAACGAAAAAUGAGAAAACAAAAAUUCAUGACGCAACAAAACAAUUACAGGUUCAAUUUCCUUCGAUUAGGUACAUUAUUAUUACAAAUUACCCCCUCCCUCCCUAAUCUUUUACUUAACGCAGUAUUGUUAAUCAUGUUCAUUAGCGUUUAUAUAGGUGCUGAACUGUGCUGAACAUUGUUCUUUCUACUUCUAUUUCUCUCUUAUAACAAAAAACAAGAAAAUUCGUUUUUGGUUUAGCUCUUUUUUCGGUAGAGUCGAUUUGUCAUUGCUCCUCCUCCUUCCAUACCGAAAUAAUGAUUGUUAUUAUUAUUACUCUUACUAACUAUAUUAUACCUUUCAUCUUCUUCCUUCUUUUCUUUUCUUUUUUGACGAUUAUAAUUCAGCUGUGAUACACAAUCCAUGAAUGAUGAUCAAUCCCGUCAUAUUUUUCUUUUCUUUUCUCCCUGUGUUUUUAUUGUUAUUAUUAUUCCGGAUCGGAAUAAUCUCAUCUGUCGCCAGUCUCACGGCUCCUAUUAUUCAAGACAGUGACCGACGAGUGUGUGUAUCUGCAUCCUCGUCUUUCUUUCUCCCGAUACACAAUAGAGGAUCUAGGGAAUAUCCAGCGUCUACCCCACAAACAGUUUCAUUCGUGUGUAAUCACGUCGUCGCCGUGUGUGUGGGAAAAAAGAACGAAGUAAAGAAUGGGGCAAAGAAGGGAUUUGUUUGCCUUGCAAUAUAACGGGGUAUACGGUUUGUACAUUUUGUGUCGAGUUUCUUUGAGUUGUUUCCCCAUUGCCAGCGGAUAGAAUAGAUGUAUGUAGACUACUACAGUUCUAUAUCCCCGGCUGCAUUAUACAUAAAUGCAUACUCAAAUAGAGUAUGUUGUGUAUAGUUUAGCCGAGGAUGUGAACGUGACAUCUUUUCAGGUCCCGGUUCUUUUUUAUUUCUUUUUCUUUUCUGUUCGCCGCGGCUUAUCACAAUGAGACGCGUGUCUCAUCAACCCCCCAGCCAAAAGGGACCCCAAGUAGCUCUCAGAGAGAGAGAGAGAAACUUGUUAGUAGCCAUCAUCACAUGCCAUCACGGUGACGUUUUGUUAUGUUUUUCAACAGGAAAGAUCCCGAAAGGCGUCAAAAAAUGGUUGAACAAUGUUCGUUAUAAUGUCGCACGUUGAUUUAUAGUCGUCAAUUUCAUUUCAAAGGGAUUGAAGGGCGAAUUUCAAAUGAGAAACAUGUCAGAAAGGUCUGUGCAGUCGAGCCGAGCCGCCAUGUUGGCUAUUAAAUAGCCCCCGUUGAUGAGAUGGAGGACGAUAUAAUUGCAUCAGUUUUCGCCCAGUCAGCAGCAACGAGACGAGCUUCAUCAUCAAGAAAGAAUCGAGAAGAAUAAAAAAUGCAUCCAGAUGACUUGGUAAUUAUGCGACGGGCGACCGAAGUGGCUGCCAAUUUCUUAUCCAAUUUCAUUUCGUCGCGAGUGGAAGAUGAGGUGAAACGCCGGGAUUUCGUCGUCUGCUUGGAGCAACUGCUGGCCAGUCGUUUGGAACAUCAUUGGUAUCCGGAGCAUCCGAGCCGAGGGCAAGCUUACCGCUGCAUCCGACUCAAUCCAUCCAGCGGUCGAGAAGCUCUGAUUGAGACGGCCGUCAUUGUGGCCGGUCUAACUUACGCCGACAUUCAACUGCCCUUGGAACUGACCGUCUGGAUCGAUCCCGACAGCGUGGCCUACCGAUUCGGCGAGAAUGACGGAUCGCAUUGUACUCUGCUAUCCUUCGACGAUCAAUUCGAGCCUUUGAAUAAUAAUAAGACGACGACGACGACGACUCCUCAAACACCAAUAAAAGGAGACGGACGAGAGUGCCGGGCAUGUCAGAUUGUUUUCCAGCAGCACAGUUGUUGUGCUCCAUGUCCGGCAUUGUCUCAUAGUCCAACUUAUAUCGAGCAAUAUAGAUGCCAGGGCUGAUUGAUCUCGUCCGCUUUGUUUGAGAUGUUCAUACGACAGCACAAUAAUAUGAGUAUGUAUAUCUUUUCCCUGUGUAAGUUGAGGCUCAAAUGCCAAU